UGGUCUGCCCCUCCGCCGCGCGCACGUGUCCGCCACACUCCCAAAGGGAUACCCCCUCCCUCUCUCCCACCGCCGCCGCUCGCUUUCGGCUCCAUCAUCACCCCUCUUCCUCCUCGGAGCCCUCCUCCCGGCGGCGGCGGAAGAAGAAAGAGAUGGCGGAGCGGCUGACCCGUAUCGCGAUCGUCAGCGAGGACAAGUGCAAGCCCAAGAAGUGCCGUCAGGAGUGCAAGAAGAGCUGCCCCGUCGUCAAGACCGGGAAGCUUUGCAUUGAGGUGACUUCGGCGUCGAAACUUGCUUUCAUUUCUGAAGAGCUGUGCAUUGGUUGUGGUAUUUGCGUUAAGAAAUGCCCAUUUGAUGCCAUUGAAAUCAUCAACCUUCCAAAGGAUUUGGAAAAGGAUACCACUCACCGAUAUGGGCCCAAUACCUUCAAGUUGCACAGGUUGCCUGUCCCGAGGCCUGGUCAAGUUUUGGGCCUUGUUGGAACAAAUGGAAUUGGAAAGUCGACUGCGCUUAAAGUUUUGGCUGGCAAGCUGAAACCUAAUUUGGGACGCUUCAAAAACCCACCUGAUUGGCAGGAAAUCCUUACAUACUUCCGUGGGUCUGAACUUCAGAACUACUUCACACGCAUAUUGGAAGAUAACCUGAAGGCAAUCAUCAAACCUCAGUAUGUCGACCACAUUCCAAAAGCUGUUCAAGGAAAUGUAGGACAAGUACUUGAACAGAAGGAUGAGAGGGAUAUGAAAGCUGAGCUGUGUGUUGACCUUGAAUUAAACCAAGUUAUUGACCGAAAUGUAGGGGAUCUGUCUGGUGGUGAGCUCCAGAGAUUUGCAAUAGCAGUUGUUGCUGUACAAAAUGCGGAAAUUUACAUGUUUGAUGAGCCAUCAAGUUACCUUGAUGUUAAGCAGAGGCUUAAAGCUGCACAAGUCAUUAGAUCUUUGCUUAGGCCCAACAGCUAUGUCAUCGUUGUUGAACACGACUUGAGUGUCUUGGAUUACUUGUCCGACUUCAUUUGCUGCUUAUAUGGAAAGCCAGGUGCUUAUGGUGUGGUUACCUUGCCAUUCUCGGUUCGAGAAGGCAUCAAUAUUUUCUUGGCUGGAUUUGUUCCAACAGAGAAUCUUCGGUUCCGAGAUGAGUCUCUUACAUUUAAGAUUGCAGAGACUCAAGAAAGUGCUGAGGAGAUUGAGACAUAUCAACGAUACAAGUACCCUACCAUGAGCAAAACACAGGGAAAUUUCAAGCUAACUGUUGUUGAGGGUGAAUUUACUGAUUCCCAGAUUGUUGUGAUGCUUGGUGAAAAUGGUACAGGGAAAACUACAUUCAUCAGAAUGCUGGCUGGGUUGUUGAAGCCCGACACAGUGGAAGGAACUGACAUUGAAAUUCCUGAAUUCAAUGUGUCGUACAAGCCCCAAAAGAUUAGCCCGAAAUUCCAGAAUACCGUGAGGCAUUUGCUUCAUCAGAAAAUACGCGAUUCUUAUAUGCACCCUCAGUUUGUGUCUGAUGUCAUGAAACCACUACAAAUUGAGCAACUCAUGGACCAGGAGGUUAUUAAUUUGUCAGGUGGAGAGCUCCAAAGAGUUGCUAUAUGCCUCUGCCUUGGAAAGCCUGCAGAUAUCUAUUUGAUUGAUGAGCCAAGUGCGUAUCUUGAUUCAGAGCAGCGUAUUGUUGCCUCAAAGGUUAUCAAAAGAUUCAUUCUUCAUGCGAAGAAAACUGCAUUUAUUGUUGAGCACGAUUUCAUCAUGGCAACCUACUUGGCUGACAAGGUCAUUGUUUAUGAGGGGAGACCUUCUAUUGACUGUAUCGCCAAUGCACCACAGUCUUUGGUAUCUGGAAUGAAUAAGUUCUUAUCGCAUCUUGACAUUACCUUUAGAAGAGACCCGACCAACUACAGGCCCCGUAUAAACAAGCUGGACUCCACGAAGGACAGGGAGCAGAAGUCGGCUGGAUCCUACUACUACCUCGAUGACUAAUCAGCACGUACAGGAUCUUCUCGGAGAGCUUUCCGCUCAUGAUCUUUCCAGGCCGUGGAAAAGCUUAGGCUAGGUUGAAGCUGCCACCACAUCACGGCAUGAGACUUGUUGAAUAAUUGGCUGCAAGGAGUAAAGCGCACCGAUUAACUUAUAAAGCAGAGCAUGCUGUGUUGAUAGUUUGAUACCGAGUUUUUUGUUGGCUCGAUCUAUCUAUUAUGACAAAGGAAGAUGAGAUCGGUGUUAAAGUCGGGCUUCUCCAGUGGAGAAUUAUGGCUAGUUUCUGUUUAUUUGUUACUCUGUACCUUCGAGUCCAUUUGCCGUCGAGUAACUUCCAUCCUUGAUUUUAGAGAUGACACUAAAGUUUUCGAGCAACAAUGUGAAAGAAAAUCUUAUCCGUCUUCGAUGAGCC